UAAUUUAACGUUCAUUAAAUUAUUACAAUACAUCGUACAACUUUUCCAAUACUGAAACAGUGUUUUAUGUCGUAUUAAUUCACAAAAAAUAUUAAUUUGUCGGAAAAAGAGAGCGCUGAUGUAGAAGGCCUUUGCUGCUUAUGGACGCAAUCUAAUGACACGCCAUUUUAGUAUCUUAUCGUGGCUUUAAUUGUGAAAAGUGUUAAUAAUACGUGUAGUUAAACGUGUUUUUCUUCAUUAAACCUUAAAAUAGUAUGUGUUUUCCAAUCCUAUAUGAGGAAAAGUACUAUGAAGUAUUGAGUCAAAGUGAUAAGAGUUCAGAACAACAGUUUUAUAAUAAUGUCGAAGACCAGACAGUCCAAUAUAUGAUUUCUCCCGAUAAAACUCAGUAUCCAACACAGCAGAUUGUCGUAACUUCCGGAGAACAGUUGAUGGUGGUAGAUGGUCAACAGCAACAAAUUGUUAUCGACCAAACCUCAGGAAUUACUUAUCAAAGUCAACAAAUACAGCCACAACAGAUACAGGUUCAGGUACAGCAGCAAUCUGUCCAAUUGCAGCAGCAAAUCCAGCAAUCCCAGGUACAUGUGCAGCAACAGCAAUACGCUGUUAUUCAAGAUGGUCUAACCAAUGGAACACAACAGAUAUUUUAUAUGGACAGUAACUCAAACGAUCGUGUCGUAAUGGAACAAACAGGUCAGCAGCCUGAAUUAACCCAACAACCCAUCGUUUUAAAUCACCAGUUGUCACAAGGCAACACUAUUGUGACCAAUAAAGUGGUAAAUCCUGCCCAGCUUCAGCGGCAAGUUAGGGCGAAUCUAAGACAACCACUUUUACAACAGCAGCCAGCUAGACUGCAGAACCGCCAAUUGCCAAGGCCUCCAGUUGCCAACCAACAACUCAGGCAACAAAAUCCCAACCAGCAGCCUCAACCGAGUCCGAACCAGACUCCUAUGAGACUCCCAGCCACUAACCAAGUAAGGCAACCGAAUCCACAGCUACAAGUACGUCAACCGGCGCCAAAUCAAAUGGCGAGACCGAUGGGUUUAAACCAGCAACAGUACAGGCUGCAGAACCCUGGGCAAGUCCGCCCACAGAAUCCCAAUCAGCAACAGCAGAUGAAGCUCGUUAAUCCUAAUCAGCAGCCACAGGUCAAGCAGCAGGUCCAGCAGAGACUGAUCGGACAACCGCUGCAGAAAAACCAGGGCGUCAAUCCCCGGUUUCAAGCAGUAGCUCAAAUGCAGCAGCAGCAGAAGAUCAACACGCAGCCACAAAUCGACAUGGAAGAUAUGGAAAUCAAAUCGUCUGACGAGCAAGAGGCGAUUUCCCUUCCCGAUGGCACUGUUAUAUCUGUUGCGGCAUAUAAGAAGAUGAUUGCAGAGCAGAAAAGGGCAGCUUUGCAGCAAAGAAACCAACCGGUUAGUUCUCCAAAUCAACCAGCUCCGCCGACCGCCCCAGCCAACUCCACAGCUAAGAGGCGCAAUGCCACCCCACGUGGCAACCCUCGGCAGACGACGCCUCGCCCGAGCCCCGCACGUCCCCCGGCGAGGUCCCGCAAUCCCGCUAGUCAGUUCACACCCCCACCGCAACAGCCGAGGCCACAACAGCCACCUCCGCAGGUCAAUGAUCCAGCUAGAUACGCGAUGAUGAAUCAAGCGCAGCAACAGGGGAUGACUAAGCCGCAACCCCAGCCUCAACCCCAACAGCAAUUCCAGACUCAGAUGCAAAAUCAGUUGAUGCAGCAGCAGCAGCAAAUGCAGAGGUCGCAACAGGCGAGGCAGUCGCAGGCGAAUUACGUUAUUCAGCCGCCAAAGCCGAAUCAGAAGCCGCAACAGCAGAGGCCCUUGCCGCCGUACAUCCCGUCUACUCAGAUACAGAAGAUAAUAGAGAAUACUCCCGUUGGAGAGGAAUUUUCCGACUCUAUAAGGAUGCUAGUACUUCUAGAGAACGGUGAACAGAGACUCAUCACGUUCACCUUACCCAAAGAAGCAUGCACCAUCCAGGAAAUCCUGGAGCAGGUGAAUGUCCCGUUUCGAAACGACACCGACAUACAAGUAACUGAAGCCAACACCAAUGGCAUCAACUACAUCGUUACAGUCGGCAAUGUUCCUUGCUUCGGAUAUGAGGAGGAGGAAUCACCACCAAUGCAAGAGGAAUCCUCUCCGCCUUCUCAACCUCCACCUGUCGCCUCCCAACCUGCCGCGCCUCAGCCUCAAGCUGAACCCCAACAGAUGCCUCCCAGUUCCACGCCUAACACCCAAUUACCGCCUGAGCCUCCGAAAGUCCCCACGCCGGAACCGCCCAAGGAGGUACCCAAGUUCGUUCCUGGCAUGCUAGCGCUCUGCGCCGGCUGCGGAUAUCUCUCGGAAGACUUCGCCAAGUGUAUAAGGUGCGGCAGGAAGCUGCCGGACAACGUGAAAGCAAUUCCGGCUACGAUACGUUCCAGUAACGGGCAGAAGAAGGACCUCCAAGGCGUGCACCAGCAACCGAAGAUAGCGAUUAACCUGAAGCCCCAGAGUCCGUCGAAGAAAAAGGCUACCAAAGCUUCUAAGGUCGUGGAGCAUGAGAGCGUAGUGAUUAGUUCUGAUGAGGAGGAGGAAGAUAAGCCUACGAAAGUGGACGAUAAUAUUCUGCAGAAGCUCGGCUCCUCGAUAACUAUUAGCCCUGUGACCAAAGAACCCUCGACUAACGAUAUCCAGAAGCACAGCAUCGUUAAACCAAAAGUUGCAUUGGAAUCAGACGAGGAAGACACAUUCGUAAGCACAUCAGUUAAGUGUAGAACAAUAAGGAUAGGCUCGUACCGUUGCGUUCCACCUGAGAAGGUCAUAAUCGAUUCGAAACAGGUCAUAAUGAAGGUGACCCACCCGAACUGCGAAACCGACGUACGAACGAUAAAAGUUGAUAAGUCGGAAAUCGUCAAGGUACUGGCCAGUUUCAACAAGGCCUUGCCUGUAUUCUUCUAUUAUCUAAACCCGGCCUUGGCCAAGACAAUUAGGGAGGAGUUAGACAUGACUCCCGACGGUGAUUAUUACUACGAUCCCCUAUCCUCGAAGGAGGAGGCUUACCGUAGGGUGACCCUCUUGCCGGACGAGGUUAACGAUGACGAUAAACAGAACUUUCAGUUAAUAUACGGGGGCACGCCCGGCAUUCUGGAUGAGCUGAACGUCAAAGAGGCGAACGAUAUCCUCAUUAAGACCUGCCCGAAGGAGCUGUCUAAGGCUACGCUCGGGCUAGGGGGUUUUGGUGAAGUGAAACAGCUCCUGACUUAUCCUCCGGAAGGUCGGGGCAGGAUAACCAUAAAUACUGAGGAUUACCUCUGUCUCGCGCAAGACCAAUUUUUGAACGAUGUCAUCAUCGACUUCUACCUGAAAUUUUUGGUGGAAAAUCUGCCGAAUGAUCAGAAGCAAAAAGUGCACGUGUUCUCCACGUUCUUCUAUAAAAGAUUAACAACGAAGCCAACCAAAGCCUCUAGAAAAUGUCAACCAGCCGAGCUCGACCCCUCUCUGUCUCCUGCCCAAAAGAGGCACGCUAGGGUCAAGACCUGGACGAAGAAAGUGAAUUUGUUUGAAAAAGACUUCGUAGUAGUCCCCAUAAACGAAAACGCCCAUUGGUUCUUGGCUAUUAUCUGUUUUCCCGGGAUGGACGGCUGCCAGACGUGGGACGGGAAGCCGUACAAAUUGGAAGUACGAUCCAGGAAAAAAAAAAAAGACGCGGUAGCAGCCAGUGUGGCCGGGGUUUCCAUAACUCCCGUGAAGCAAGAGAAAGUAGAAAAACCGAUAGUCUGUGAAGACCCGGAUAUGAGCGAUAAAGACGAAGCUGAAGGUGAUGACAGUGAGCUAGAUUCCGAUGAUUCUGAUGAGUUACCUCUUUCACAAUCCUCAGUUACGUCGAGCGCUGCUAGCAUCCCACCAACUCCGGUGAUUCCCAUCACGACCAGUACGCCCGUCAAACACCCUAAGGAACCUCGGCCCAAAAUAAAACAGCCCUGUAUAUUAAUAUUUGACUCCCUAGCGGGAGCUAGUAGGAGUCGUGUGGUUGCCACACUGAGGGAUUAUUUAACGUGCGAAUAUAAGGCCAAACUGAAUAAAGAAAGAAUUUACAAUAAAGAUGUGAUAAAAGGCGCCAGCCCCAAGGUGCCCCAACAGAACAACUUCACCGACUGCGGGUUGUAUCUUCUCCAAUACGUCGAGCAAUUUUUCACGGAUCCCAUCAAGGAUUACCACAUACCGAUUUUGCAAAUAAAGAAUUGGUUCGAGGAAAUAAUCGUGACGAAGAAAAGGGAGGACAUCGCGAACCUGAUCAAAGACCUUAUGAGGGACCACGGGAAGGACGUAGGGAUGUUACCGGAUAUAGCGUUUCCUACGUUUAACGGUAAACUAGUGGAGCGGGAGCCCGAGGACGAGGAGGAAGAAAUGAUGGAAGAUGAAGACUUUCCUACCGAAGAAGACCUCGAAGACAUGAAAGAUGAGUCUGGUUCAGCGAUCGACACGUCGGUGGGAGAAUUGGGACUGGACACGUCCCCUACAGGAACCAGCAAGGACGAAAACUCACAAUCUCCUAUGAAGCCUUCAAACGACAACGUUUCAGGUGAUUUUGUGUCCCAGACUGUGUUAAAUCCCAAGCCGGACAUUAGUGAAUUUCCAAGGCAAACUAAUCGGGAUACUCUGUCGUAUCUUAAAGCCAAACGUAUUAUUAGGCAUAAAAAUAACGACGGGCCCGAUGUGAAGAAACAGAAAAGUGAGCAUACGCAGUGAAUUUUUUUUUAUAAUUUAUUAAUAUAAUUUGUAAUUUAAUAGAAUAUGAUGCAUUU